ACUGAGCAAUGACUGCACGACUAGUUGAAUUUUUGUUAGUAAGGUUACUUGCGCAGUCGAGUGUGGUGUCCUGCAACCUUCAGUUGUUUACUGAUACAGAGAAACACCGCUCGGGACAGAUAUGGUGAAGGUAGCCGUGGUCACCGGUUCUAACAAAGGGAUCGGCUUCGCUAUAGUCAAGGGUCUCCUAAAGAGGUUCGAUGGCGUGGUCUAUUUAACUUCAAGAGACGUCGCUCGAGGGCAGGAUGCAGUCGCCAAGCUGAACGAGCUCGGUCUACAUCCCCAGUACCAUCAGCUCGAUGUUACCGACAGGGAUAGCGUGGCCAAGUUUAGAGACCACAUCGAAAAGAAGUAUGGAGGCAUCGACAUACUCGUCAAUAACGCAGCCGUCGCCAACAUCGAAGACCGUACCUACGAAGCAUCAAAAACUGUCGUGGACAUCAACUACUUCAGCAUACUGACAAUCCAAGAACUGCUGUUUCCAUUGGUCAGGAACAAUGGACGCAUCCUCAACAUCUCUAGUGACUGUGGACAUCUGUCCAACAUUCGCAACGAAUACUGGAUACAAAGAUUAUCCAAAAAAGAUCUGACUGUGGAAGAUGUCAACGAAUUUGCUAAUUGGUUUUUAGAUGGAGUCAAGAAUGGAACCUUCGACUACGGGGAUAUAGCUGAUGGUGGAACUAUUGCCUCGUACAGGGUGGCGAAGGUGGCGCUCAGUGCGAUUACCAGGGUGCAGCAGAAGGAGCUCGAAGCGAAGAACAUCUCAGUGAACUCCAUGCAUCCGGGGCUGGUGCAGACUGACAUGACCCGCGGAGUUGGAUUCUACGACAUCGACCAGGCAGCUGACACUCCCAUAUAUCUAGUUCUAGAGGCUCCUGACACCCUCAAGGGAGCUUACAUAUGGUAUGACAAACAAGUGCUCGACUGGUUCGACUACAAAGCUGAUUAUUACUUUAAAAUAAGAACCAUGAUAAAGUAAACUGCAAAAUGUGACUCUAACAACAACAAAUAAAGUAUAAUGGCCCUGUGUUGUGUAUAUAAAUAUAACAUUUAAUUUUAUUGGAAAUUAUUUUGGAAAUCACGACGUGUAAAAAUAUACUUUAUAUUUAUGGUGCGACUUAAAUUUCUCUUUGUUUGUGAAAUUAAUUACUGCUCGUAAAUUAUAUCCGGUUUUGGACCUCUACCAAUAUAAUUCGCAGCUCCGGGGAGCGUGAGCAUUGCCAUGACUACCUGCUACUGUACGUGGGUACUUACUGCAAUACUGUUAUCAAAUGUAAUUCUAUAGAUGAGGAAAACGUCUCGAAUACAUCUCAAACAAACGUAUAUAUCUAAAUAGUGAGUUAUGUAAAUGAAUGAAUCCUGACCCUGAACGAAUAACCGUAACCAAAAAUGUAUGAUGUACUUCUGUAACCAGAACCACAUUCCUUAUAAAAUAAUUUGUUUCACGGGGCUUUGAUGUUUGUCUUGCGAAGUUUUGAUUAAACUGAAACAAAGUGUUCCGCUCGUACGUAGAACAUGUCGACACGAAGUGUAAUCAAAUAAAAUAUAUUUAUUGUAUUUGUCUUUC